CUUCCUUUAGCCCGCAGCUGCUGCUCUCUCAGCUUACUAGCCCGGGCCGGCAGACCGGGCGGCAGCGACUCCGGCUCCCGAAAAGUGAAUCCGCUCGGGAGGCUACCGCAAUGCCCCGAGCCUUCGGGGUGCUCCUGGCCCUGCUGCUCAGCGGAGGCCUCGGGGGCGGCCAGGCGCAGCGCCCGGAGCCGCCGCCGCAGCAGCAUCGGCGGCAGCCACCGGCGCAUCAGCAAAGAGGUUUAUUCCCUGCUGUGCUGAAUCUUGCUUCCAAUGCCCUCAUCACCACAAAUGCAACAUGCGGAGAGAAAGGGCCUGAAAUGUAUUGCAAGUUGGUAGAGCAUGUCCCUGGGCAGCCGGUGAGGAACCCUCAAUGUCGGAUCUGCAAUCAAAACAGCAGCAAUCCAUAUCAGAGGCACCCGAUUACAAAUGCUAUUGAUGGCAAGAACACUUGGUGGCAGAGUCCCAGUAUUAAGAAUGGAAUUGAAUACCAUUAUGUUACAAUUACGCUGGAUUUACAGCAGGUGUUCCAGAUCGCGUAUGUGAUUGUGAAAGCAGCCAAUUCCCCUCGGCCUGGAAACUGGAUUUUGGAACGCUCCCUGGACAAUGUUGAUUACAAGCCCUGGCAGUAUCAUGCUGUGACGGACGCAGAGUGCCUAACCCUCUACAAUAUUUAUCCCCGCACUGGGCCACCGUCAUAUGCCAAAGAUGACGAGGUCAUCUGCACUUCGUUUUAUUCCAAGAUACACCCCUUAGAAAAUGGAGAGAUUCAUAUCUCUUUGAUCAAUGGGAGGCCGAGUGCUGAUGACCCUUCUCCUGAACUGCUGGAAUUUACCUCUGCUCGCUACAUUCGCCUGAGGUUUCAGAGGAUCCGCACCUUGAAUGCCGAUUUGAUGAUGUUCGCUCACAAAGACCCGAGAGAAAUUGACCCCAUCGUCACACGAAGAUAUUACUACUCGGUCAAGGAUAUUUCGGUUGGAGGGAUGUGCAUCUGCUACGGUCAUGCCAGGGCUUGUCCACUUGAUCCAGUGACAAAUAAAUCCCGCUGUGAAUGUGAGCAUAACACGUGUGGUGAUAGCUGUGACCAGUGCUGUCCUGGAUUCCAUCAGAAACCUUGGAGAGCAGGCACUUUUCUGACCAAAUCUGAAUGUGAAGCCUGCAAUUGUCAUGGGAAAGCUGAAGAAUGCUAUUAUGAUGAGAAUGUUGCCAGAAGAAAUCUGAGCUUAAAUAUACAUGGAAAGUACAUUGGAGGGGGUGUGUGCAUUAAUUGUACUCAAAACACUGCUGGUAUAAACUGUGAGACAUGCAUUGAUGGUUUCUUCAGGCCCAAAGGGGUAUCUCCAAAUUAUCCGAGACCAUGCCAGCCAUGCCAUUGUGAUCCAGUUGGUUCCUUAAAUGAAGUCUGUGUUAAGGAUGAAAAACAUGCUCGACGAGGUCUGGCGCCUGGAUCCUGUCACUGUAAGCCUGGCUUCAGAGGCGUGAGCUGCGAUCGUUGUGCCAGAGGUUACGCUGGCUACCCAGACUGCAAGCCCUGCAACUGCAGUGGUGCUGGGAGCACCAACGAGGACCCCUGUUUUGGACCCUGUAGCUGCAAGGAAAAUGUUGAAGGAGGAGACUGUAGUCGCUGCAAAUUUGGGUUCUUCAAUUUGCAAGAGGAUAAUCAUAAAGGUUGUGAUGAGUGCUUCUGUUCAGGAGUUUCAAACAGAUGUCAAAGCUCCUACUGGACCUAUGGCAACAUACAAGACAUGAGUGGCUGGUAUCUGACUGAUCUUUCUGGCCGUAUUCGAGUGACCGCCCAGCUGGAGGACUUAGACUCACCGCAGCAGAUCAGCAUUAGCAGCGUGGAGGCCCGCCGAGCCCUGCCCCAGAGCUAUUACUGGAGUGCCCCCGCGCCUUACCUGGGGAACAAGCUAACAGCAGCUGGAGGACAGUUGAUGUUUACCGUAUCAUAUGACCUUGAAGAAGCAAACGAAGAUGCAGAACACACACUCCAGCUUAUGGUUAUUUUAGAGGGAAAUGACUUGAGAAUCAGCUCAGCCCAAGAUGAGGUGUAUCUGCAACCAUCUGAAGAACAUAUUAAUGUGUUGUCACUUAAAGAAGAAUCAUUUACCACAUAUGGUACAAAUUUCCCAGUCAGUAGAAAGGAGUUUAUGACGGUGCUUGUGAAUUUGCAGAGAGUCCUCAUACAGAUCACAUACAACUUUGGGAUGGAUGCCAUCUUCAGGCUGAGCUCUGUUGACCUUGAAUCUGCAGUCCCCUAUCCUACUGACGGAAGCUUUGCAACAGCUGUGGAAGUUUGUCAAUGUCCACCCGGGUACACUGGCUCCUCCUGUGAAUCUUGUUGGCCUAGGCACAGACGAGUUAAUGGCACUAUUUUUGGUGGCGUCUGUGAGCCCUGUCAAUGCUUCGGCCACGCGGAAUCCUGUGAUGAUACCACGGGAGAGUGCCUGAAUUGUCAGGAUCACACUGCUGGCCCAUAUUGCAAUAAAUGUCUUCCUGGUUUCUAUGGUGACCCUACGAAAGGAACAUCUGACGACUGUCAGCCCUGUGCCUGUCCACUCAAUAGCCCGUCCAAUAACUUUAGCCCGACAUGCCAUUUGGACCGGAGUCUUGGCUUGAUCUGUGAUGAAUGCCCUGUUGGGUACUCAGGACAGCGUUGUGAGAGGUGUGCGGAAGGCUAUUUUGGACAACCUUCUGUACCUGGAAGAUCGUGUCAGCCAUGCCAAUGCAAUGACAACCUUGACUUCUCCAUUCCUGGCAGCUGUGACAGCUUGUCUGGCUCCUGUCUGAUAUGUAAGCCAGGUACAACAGGCCGGUACUGUGAGCUCUGCGCUGAUGGAUAUUUUGGAGAUGCGGUUAAUGCAAAGAACUGUCAGCCUUGUCACUGUAAUGCCAACGGCUCCUUCUCUGAGAUCUGCCAUCCUCAGACGGGACAGUGUGAAUGCAAACCUAACGUGCAGGGGCGGCGGUGUGAUGAAUGUAAGCCCAGUAUGUGGUGGGACCCAAAGAAGCGAUUCUGUGUGUCCUGUGGAUGCAGUCCCAUGGGCUCUGUGACCCCGCGGUGCGAUAUCACAGGAAGAUGUGUCUGUAAAUCAGGCUUCGUAGGGAAACGAUGCAACCUCAGCAGGCAGGUGCAGCGACAGGAGGAACAGCCACAGAGAGCGCAGUGGGUGCUGGGGUCUCCCCAGAGGUGGGGCGCCGGCAGCUCCAGCGGAUGCCCUCGGGGAGCCUACCGGCCUGCGGCUCCGCCUGAGACCUUUGGCCUCCAAUCGGCAAGAGGGUGCGUCCCCUGCAACUGCAAUUCCUUUGGGUCCAAAUCAUUUGACUGUGAAGAGAGUGGUCAAUGUUGGUGCCAGCCGGGAGUAACAGGAAAGAAAUGUGAUCGCUGUGCCCACGGCUAUUUCAACUUCCAAGAAGGCGGAUGCACAGCUUGUGACUGUUCCCAUCUGGGUAAUAACUGUGACCCAAAGACUGGUCGGUGCAUUUGCCCACCCAAUACCAUUGGAGAGAAAUGUUCUAAAUGUGCACCUCAUAGCUGGGACCACAGCAUCACCACUGGGUGUAAGGCUUGUAACUGCAGCUCAGUAGGCUCCUUGGAUUUCCAGUGCAAUAUAAACACGGGCCAAUGCAAGUGUCAUCCAAAAUUCUCUGGUGCAAAAUGUACAGAGUGCACUCGAGGUCACUGGAACUACCCUCACUGCAGUCCCUGUGACUGCUUCCUGCCAGGGACUGAUGACUCAACCUGCGAUUUAGAGACUAAAAGAUGCUCCUGCAUCGAUCAGACUGGGCAGUGCACUUGUAAGGUGAAUGUGGAAGGGAUCCGCUGUGACAGGUGCCGGCCUGGCACGUUCGGGCUUGAGGCCAAGAACCCACUUGGCUGCAGCAGCUGCUAUUGCUUUGGCGCCACUACCCAGUGCUCUGAAGCCAAAGGGCUGAUCCGUGCGUGGGUGACGCUGAAGCCUGAGCAGACCAUCCUGCCGCUGGUGGACGAGGCCCUCCAGCACACGACUACAAAAGGCAUCAUUUUUCAACAUCCGGAGAUCGUUGCACACAUGGACCUGGUGAGACAAGAGCUCCAUUUGGAACCUUUUUAUUGGAAACUUCCAGAACAAUUUGAAGGAAAGAAGUUGAUGGCCUAUGGCGGUAAACUCAAGUACACCAUCUAUUUCGAGGCUAGGGAAGAAACAGGUUUCUCUACAUACAACCCGCAAGUUAUCAUUCGAGGCGGAACUCCUGCUCAUGCAAGGAUUAUCAUCAGGCAUGUGGCUGCUCCUCUGAUUGGCCAGUUGACAAGGCAUGAAAUUGAAAUGACAGAGAAAGAAUGGAAGUAUUAUGGUGAUGAUCCUCGAAUCAGCAGAACUGUGACCCGUGAAGACUUCUUGGAUGUACUAUAUGAUAUCCAUUAUAUUCUUAUCAAGGCUACAUAUGGAAAUAUCAUGAGACAAAGCAGGAUUUCUGAAAUCUCAAUGGAGGUAGCUGAACAAGGACGCAUCACAGCAGUGACUCUUCCAGCUCACUUGAUAGAAAAAUGUGAUUGUCCCCCAGGCUAUUCUGGCUUUUCCUGUGAGACAUGCACGCCAGGAUUUUAUCGACUGCGUUCUGAGCCAGGUGGCCGUACCCCUGGACCAACCCUGGGAACCUGUGUACCUUGUCAGUGUCAUGGACAUAGCAACCUGUGUGACCCUGAAACCUCCAUAUGCCAGAACUGUCAACAUCACACUGCUGGUGACUUCUGUGAACGAUGUGCUCUUGGUUAUUAUGGCAUCGUCAAGGGAUUGCCAAAUGACUGUCAGCAAUGUGCAUGCCCUCUAAUUUCUUCCAGCAACAAUUUCAGCCCAUCUUGUGUCAUGGAAGGCCUGGGUGAUUACCGCUGCACAGCUUGCCCACGGGGAUAUGAAGGGCAGUACUGCGAAAGGUGUGCCCCCGGCUAUACCGGCAGCCCAAGCAGCCCUGGAGGCUCCUGCCAAGAAUGUGAGUGUGACCCCCAUGGCUCACUGCCUGUCCCCUGUGACCCUGUCACGGGGAUCUGCACGUGCCGACCCGGAGCCACGGGACCGAAGUGUGACGGCUGUGAACAGGGGCAUGCGCGUGAGGGCAUGGAGUGUGUUUUUUGUGGAGAUGAAUGCACCGGCCUUCUGCUCGGUGACUUGGCUCGUCUGGAGCAGAUGGCCACGAGCGUCAACCUCACCGGUCCACUGCCUGCUCCGUAUAAAAUUCUGUAUGGUCUUGAAAACAUGACUCAGGAACUCAAGCAUUUGCUGUCACCUCAGCGGGCCCCAGAGAGGCUCAUUCAGUUGGCAGAAGGCAAUCUGAACACGCUGGUGACAGAAAUGAACGAACUUCUGACCAGGGCUACCAAAGUGACAGCGGACGGCGAGCAAACUGGACAGGAUGCUGAGAGGACCAACACGCGGGCAGACUCCUUGGGGGACUUCAUCAAGGACCUGGCCCGGGAUGCAGAAGCUGUAAAUGAAAAAGCUGUAAAACUAAAUGAAACCCUAGGAACUGAAGACAAGGUCUUUGAGAAAAAUUUGCAAGAGCUUCAGAAUGAGGUUGAUCAGAUGAUGACAGAACUGAGGAGGAAAAAUCUAGACACACAAAAGGAAGUUGCUGAAGAUGAGUUGGUAGCUGCAGAAAGCCUCCUGAAGAAAGUGAAGAAGUUGUUUGGAGAGCCCCGGGGGAAAAACGAAGAGAUGGAAAAGGAUCUCCGGGAGAAGCUGGCAGACUAUAAAAGCAAGGUUGAUGAUGCUUGGGACCUACUAAGAGAAGCCACAGAUAAAAUCAGAGAAGCUAAUCUCUUAUCUGCAGAAAACCAGAAAAACAUGACUGCUUUGGAGAAAAAGAAGGAGGCUAUAGAAAGUGGCAAACGACAGACUGAGAACACUUUAAAAGAAGGCAAUGACAUACUUGAUGAAGCCAGUCGUCUUGCAGAUGAAAUCAACUCAGUCAUAGUGUACGUCGAAGACAUUCAAACUAAAUUGCCACCCAUGUCCAAGGAUCUGAAAGAUAAAAUAGAUGACCUCUCCCAAGAAAUAAAGGACAGGAAGCUGGCUGAGAAGGUGUCCCAGGCUGAGAGCCAUGCAGCUCAGUUAAAUGAUUCGUCUGCUGUCCUUGAUGGAAUCCUUGAUGAGGCUAAAAACAUCUCCUUCAAUGCCACUGCAGCCUUCAAAGCUUACAGCAAUAUUAAGGACUAUAUUGAUGAAGCUGAGAAAAUUGCCAAAGAAGCCAAAGUUGUUGCCCAUGAAGCCACAGAGCUGGCAACAGGUCCUCAGGGUUCAUUAAAGGAAGGUGCCAAAGGUUCUCUUCAGAAAAGCUUCGGAAUUCUUAAUGAAGCCAAGAAGUUAGCAAAUGAUGUAAAAGAAAAUGAUGACCAGCUGAAUGGCUUGACAGCCAGAUUAGACGAUGCCAAUAUCAGAAACGGGGAUCUCCUGAGAGCUUUGAAUGACACUUUGGACAAGCUAGCAGCCAUUCCAAAUGACACAGCCACUAAACUGCAAGCCGUUAAAGACAAAGCAAGACAAGCCAACGACACAGCUAAAGAUGUACUGGCACAGAUUAAAGAUCUUCACCAGAACCUUGAUGGCCUGAAGAAAAAUUACAAUCAACUAGCAGACAGCGUAGCCAAAACAAACGCUGUGGUAAAAGAUCCUUCGAAGAACAAAAUCAUCGCAGAUGCAGGUGCCACUGUGAAAAAUCUAGAACAAGAAGCCGAUAGACUGAUGGACAAACUUAAACCCAUCAAGGAGCUUGAGGAUAACCUGAAGAAAAAUAUCUCUGAGAUAAAAGAACUGAUAAACCAAGCCCGAAAACAGGCUAAUUCCAUCAAAGUGUCUGUGUCUUCGGGAGGUGACUGCAUUCGAACAUACAAGCCAGAAAUCAAGAAAGGAAGCUACAAUAAUAUCAUUGUCAAUGUAAAGACGGCUGUUGCAGACAACCUCCUUUUUUAUCUUGGAAGUGCCAAAUUUAUUGACUUUCUAGCUAUAGAAAUGCGUAAAGGCAAAGUAAGCUUCCUCUGGGAUGUUGGAUCUGGAGUUGGGCGUGUCGAGUACCCAGAUUUAACUAUUGAUGACUCAUACUGGUACCGUAUUGAGGCAUCGAGAACUGGGAGAAAUGGAACUAUUUCUGUGAGAGCUCUGGAUGGACCCAAAGCCAGUAUUAUGCCCAGUACAUACCAUUCAGCAUCACCUCCUGGGUACACUAUUCUCGAUGUGGAUGCAAAUGCAAUGCUGUUUGUUGGCGGCUUGACUGGGAAAUUGAAGAAGGCUGAUGCUGUGCGUGUGAUCACAUUCACUGGCUGCAUGGGAGAAGCAUACUUUGACAGCAAACCUAUAGGCCUGUGGAAUUUCCGAGAAAUAGAAGGUGACUGCAAAGGGUGUACCAUCAGUCCACAGGUGGAAGAUAGUGAGGGGACCAUUCAGUUUGAUGGAGAAGGCUAUGCAUUGGUCAGUCGCCCCAUUCGCUGGUACCCCAACAUCUCCACUGUCCUGUUCAAAUUCAGGACAUUUUCUUCAAGUGCUCUCCUGAUGUACCUUGCCACACGAGACCUGAGGGAUUUCAUGAGUGUGGAGCUGACUGAUGGGCGCAUAAAAGUCAGCUAUGAUCUGGGUUCAGGAGUGGCUUCCGUGGUCAGCAACCAAAACCAUAAUGACGGGAAAUGGAAAUCAUUCACCUUGUCAAGAAUUCAAAAACAAGCCAACAUAUCAAUUGUAGAUAUUGAUACUAACCAGGAGGAGAACAUAGCAACUUCAUCUCCGGGAAACAACUUUGGUCUUGACUUGAAAGCAGAUGACAAAAUAUAUUUUGGUGGUCUGCCAACACUGAGAAACUUGAGUAUGAAAGCAAGGCCAGAAGUAAAUGUGAAGAAAUAUUCUGGUUGCCUCAAAGAUAUUGAAAUUUCAAGAACUCCGUAUAAUAUACUUAGCAGCCCUGAUUAUGUUGGUGUUACCAAAGGAUGUUCACUGGAGAACGUUUACACGGUUAGCUUCCCCAAACCUGGUUUUAUAGAGCUGUCUCCUGUGCCUAUUGAUGUUGGAACAGAAAUCAAUCUGUCCUUCAGCACCAAGAAUGAGUCUGGGAUCAUUCUCUUGGGAAGUGGAGGGACACCCAUUCCACCUAGGAGAAAACGACGGCAAACUGGACAGGUCUAUUAUGCGAUCUUCCUGAACAAGGGCCGUCUGGAAGUGCAUCUCUCCACAGGCGCGCGCACAAUGAGGAAAAUUGUCGUCAAACCGGAGCCGAGUCUGUUUCACGACGGGAGAGAGCAUUCUGUUCAUGUAGAGAGAACUAGAGGCAUGUUUACUGUUCAAGUGGAUGAAGACAGAAGGCAUAUGCAAAAUCUGACAGUAGAACAGGCAAUAGAAGUUAAAAAGCUUUUCAUUGGGGGUGCUCCACCUGAAUUUCAACCUUCCCCACUCAGAAAUAUUCCUCCCUUUGAAGGCUGUAUAUGGAACCUUGUUAUAAACUCUGUCCCGAUGGACUUUGCACAGCCUGUAUCCUUCAAAAACGCAGACAUUGGUCGCUGUGCCCAUGAGGAACCCCCUGAGGAGGAGGCUGGAGCAGUUACGGCUGAAACGGUUAUCCAGCCAGAGCCGGUUCCCACCCCAACGGUUCCCGCACCCACCCCAUUUCUGACACACGGUCCUUGUGCAGCAGAAUCAGAACCAGCUCUCCUGAUAGGGAGCAAACAGUUUGGGCUUUCGAGAAACAGUCACAUUGCAAUUGCAUUCGAUGACACCAAAGUUAAAAACCGUCUCACCAUUGAAUUCGAAGUGCGAACUGAAGCUGAAUCAGGCUUGCUCUUCUACAUGGCUCGGAUCAACCACGCUGAUUUUGCCACAGUUCAGCUGAGAAAUGGAUUGCCCUACUUCAGCUAUGACUUGGGCAGUGGUAACACCAGCACUAUGAUCCCCACCAAAAUCAAUGAUGGCCGGUGGCACAAGAUUAAGAUUAUGCGAGUUAAGCAAGAAGGAACUAUUUAUGUAGAUGAUGCCUCCAACAGAACCAUCAGUCCUAAGAAAGCUGAUAUUCUGGAUGUUGUGGGAAUGCUGUAUGUUGGUGGGCUACCCAUUAACUAUACUACUCGAAGAAUUGGUCCAGUGACCUACAGCAUUGACGGCUGUGUUAGAAAUCUUCACAUGGUGGAAGCGCCUGUGGAUCUUGAACAGCCAACCUCCAGCUACCAAGUCGGGACGUGUUUUGCAAAUGCUCAGAAAGGAACAUAUUUUGAUGGAACAGGUUUUGCCAAAGCAGUUGAUGGAUUCAAAGUGGGAUUGGACCUUCUUGUAGAAUUUGAAUUCCGCACAACUAGAACCACUGGAGUUCUUCUGGGAAUCAGCAGCCAAAAAAUGGAUGGAAUGGGUAUCGAAAUGAUUGAUGAAAAGCUCAUGUUUCAUGUGGACAAUGGCGCCGGUCGAUUCACAGCCAUCUAUGAUGCCGGGAUCCCAGGGCAUUUGUGUGAUGGACAGUGGCAUAAAGUCACAGCCAACAAGAUCAAACACCGCAUCGAGCUGACAGUCGAUGGGAACCAGGUGGAAGCCCAGAGCCCAAAUCAAGCAUCUACGUCUGCUGAUACAAAUGACCCUGUGUUUGUUGGCGGGUUCCCCGAUGGCCUCAACCAGUUUGGCCUGACAACAAACAUUCCUUUCCGAGGUUGCAUCCGAUCCCUGAAGCUUACCAAAGGCACGGGAAAGCCACUGGAGGUGAAUUUUGCUAAGGCCCUGGAACUAAGGGGUGUUCAACCUGUAUCAUGCCCAGCCAACUAAUACAGAUAAGUUCAACUCCAAGGAGGGUCCUCCAAAACAACCAUUAUCAAGUAAAACAAAUACAUUUUAUUUACGUAUGCUAUCAAAACUAAUUUGUGCAUGCAUGUUGAAUGCUUUCUAUAUUCCAACGGUGCUAAUUCAGAUCCCAGACUGAAUUUUAAUUCAAGUUCUUUCUCAAGUCCAUAACUAUUAAACCAUUUAUUGCAUUCUAAA